AGAUGAUAAUUUGACAAAUAAUUUCAAAACAUUUUGUCUUUUGCAAAAUAGUUUCCAGCUAUUCUAAUGGUGGGAUAGUGGAAUGAAUGUAGAACCAACUUUUCAAAAAGCACAUCAAAUACUAUAAAAGUAUAAAUUAGUGAACCACCCACCAGAACCAGCAGACAUUAAAAAGAAAAAUAUAGAGAGAACUUUAGAGGUUAGAGAGAUGAAGACGCAACAUUUAUGGUGGGAUGUUCUUAAUCUAUUCUUGGUACAAAACAAAGCUGUUGUUCCAUUCUUGAGUUUUAUAGCGGUUGUGGUUAUUGUCCUCUACUUGUACCGACCUUCCUGGUCCGUACUCAAUGUCCCCGGUCCAACCGCUAUGCCUCUUGUUGGCCACUUGCCCAUGCUGGCUAAGUACGGCCCUGACGUCUUCUCCGUUCUUGCCAAGCACUAUGGCCCUAUCUUCAGAUUUCAGAUGGGGAGGCAACCAUUGAUAGUAGUUGCAGAAGCAGAGCUUUGCAGAGAAGUAGGGAUAAAAAAGUUCAAAGAUAUUCCGAACAGAAGUAUUCCUUCUCCAAUCUCAGCCUCUCCUCUUCACCAGAAAGGUCUCUUCUUCACCAGGGACAAGAGAUGGUCUAAGAUGAGAAACACCAUCUUAUCUCUCUACCAGCCUUCACAUUUGACAAGUCUUAUCCCAACAAUGCAAAAUUUCAUCACUCGUGCUACUCAUAACCUUGACUCUGAACCAGAAGAUGUCGUAAUCUCCAAUCUCUUCCUCAAGCUAACCACAGACAUCAUCGGACAAGCUGCUUUUGGAGUGGAUUUCGGCCUCUCGGGUAAAAAAACAAUUAAAGAAGAUUCAGCAGAUAGCAGCAACAAUGUAGAGGUUACUGAUUUCAUAAACCAGCAUGUGUACUCCACAACACAGCUCAAGAUGGAUUUGUCUGGCUCAGUCUCCAUCAUCUUAGGCCUACUGAUUCCUAUCUUACAAGAGCCGUUCAGGCAGAUUUUGAAGAGAAUACCUGGAACUAUGGACUGGAGAGUGGAGAAGGCUAACACGAGACUUAGUGGACAACUCAAUGAGAUUGUGUCAAAGCGAGCCAAGGAGAGAGAUACUGACUCGAAAGAUUUCUUGUCAUUGAUUUUGAAGGCUAGAGAGUUGGACUCUUUUGCCAAGAGCAUCUUUACCCCUGAUUAUAUUAGCGCUGUGACUUAUGAGCAUCUUCUUGCUGGCUCUGCUACCACCGCUUUCACCUUAUCCUCUGUUCUCUACUUAGUAUCUGGUCAUCUUGAAGUUGAGAAACAUCUGCUUCAAGAGAUUGACGAGUUUGGAGGACGUGAUCUGAUCCCAACUUCCCAUGAUUUAAAAUACAAGUUUCCAUACCUUGAUCAGGUCAUCAAAGAGGCUAUGAGAUUCUACAUGGUUUCCCCAUUGGUUGCAAGGGAAACAGCAAAAGAAGUGGAGAUAGGAGGUUACCUACUUCCCAAGGGGACAUGGGUUUGGUUGGCACUAGGAGUUCUAGCAAAGGACCCCAAAAACUUUCCUGAUCCAGAAAAGUUCAAGCCGGAGAGAUUUUAUCCUAAUGGAGAAGAGGAGAAACUUAGACAUCCAUAUGCUUUCAUCCCGUUUGGCAUUGGUCCACGAGCCUGUGUUGGACAAAGAUUUGCCCUGCAAGAGAUCAAACUCACCUUGUUGCAUCUCUACCGCAAUUACAUUUUUAGACAUUCUCCAGAUAUGGAGAAACCACUGCAGCUUGAUUAUGGUGUAAUCCUCAGCUUCAAGAAUGGUGUUAAGCUCAGAGCCAUCAAAAGAUUCUAAUUCUAUAAUACUGAGAGCAGCAUGAUGAAAUAAAUGUGAAAAACCGAAUUUUUAUAUUUAAAAUUCAUCAAAAACUCCAAUGUAGUUUCAGAGGAAAAAUAUAUAUAUAUAACAUACACAGACAACAACAAGCUGUUGAAACUUUUCUAA